CACACACACACACAGUCGUGCUCUUGUGACUCGGGUGAGUGCGCAUGAAAUUACAGUCGCUAUCUGAGGUAAGAGUAGCAGCGCUCCAGUCUGGGAGAAUCUGGCUUGAGUCUAGCACGCACAUCUCCGGAAAGAGCAGCAGGCGCGGGCUUUACGCGGAGAGCCGGCACUUCGGAAGGCUACAGGAGAUCACUGCGCGGCGGAUCGGUAUUUUGCUGCAUUACAACCUUCUGUUUCGCGAGGGACUAUGUUCUAGUGGAGGAAUUGGAUUCAUAAAAAAGGUUUUACGUGUGUCACUGGGCAGCAUGACGGAGGUGAUGAACAGCUGCGACUCUGCGGUGGGAGACUACAGUGUGAGCGGCUCUUCUGAGGAGCAGAACAUCUCCUUUCAGAUCUUCCCAGACUCCCAUGAACGGUUCCCAAAGCUUUCCAAGCGCUUGCCAUCCAUUGUGGUUGAACCCACUGAGAGCGGGGAGGUGGAGAGCGGGGAACUGCGCUGGCCUCCUGAUGAUCUGAGCCCUACUGACGACCCCAGAGACAAACAGGCCCAGGCUGCAACUGACAAGCCCACAGAAGACAGCGAAGAGGCCGCGACAGGGACGGAAAACUAAUGGGCGAUGGUUGGCACCAAUCCAGCCAAUCACUGUGAAUGUCUUCAUUGUGGACGGGAGUGAACGGGAGACUCCACCAGUUAGGUCUGCCUAUCAUCCACACUAGAGCCGCCCACCUGCUGACCUCCACUCCCUUAGGUGGAGCCGAGGCCUGAGAGACUGUCUUAACUGAACUAGCUCACGUGCCAAACUCUAGUGGUAGUCAGCUGCUGUGAUUGAGUUGUAAAUGAUCUCCAGUAACACCAUGAUACCCAUUAGAAGUCAGCUAUGCCUGCGAAAUUAUAGAUUGGCAUUCAUUCGCGUAUUUAUUUGCUUUGGACCAAAGUCUUUCAUUCCUACUAUCAAAAGAACAUAGCUUCAGGAUGUUAAUUUGAUGUAUUAUAUCAGCACGCAUUAAGUGAAAAUGCAUUUCAGAUAAUAUGUAAAUGAACUACACUGCAUAAUGGCUCUUCGCCAGUGUAGAUUUCAAACUCUACGCUAUCUCAGUUUGUUUUCACGCUCACGCGCUACUAAUAGGGGUUUCUUUUUAACACGCUUUCCACAUAUCCCUUAACUCUCUGUUAUUCACAUCGCUGCUGCUUAUUUACUAGUGUUCGUCUGAGCUGCUGUAAAUGUAGCUUUCUUUGCCUUAGACAUUUAUUUGUAGUUACACUAUAUGUACGUCAUCGUUUUAAUGAAAUGACUGUUUGCGUAUAUAUGUCCAGACGGUCGCUAUUUUACCCCUCACAUGUAUCUGUCACCUACCCAUGGCGAAACUCUUUGGUGCUUCGGAGUCUGUUGAAUAUCACUGUAUUCUGUUACAAAUCUACUGCUCUUUUGAUGUUUGAGUAUUAGUCUUAAAAUAUUAAUAAUCUGUCUGGGAAUGGGAAUGAAUGCAGCACAGUAUCACUUAGCAUUAAAGGCAGUUAUUUCUA